AUGUUCCAACUAAAAGCCCUGGUGUGCUCCUUGCUGGCCAUUCUGGCGCUGCCCUAUCUGGCCAGCGGCUAUGCGAACCCCGGCGCUUGUUCCGGUCAGUGCUGGACCCACGACCCGGCAGUGGUCCGCCGCGACGACGGCGUCUACUUUCGCUUCAGCACGGGGUCCAAGAUCGGCAUCUGGAAGGCCACGGCGAUAGAAGGCCCAUGGACGUACCAGGGUGCCGCCGUCCCCGCUGGCUCGCGCAUCAACCUCCCCGGCCGCGACGACCUCUGGGCCCCCGAGGUAGCCAAAGUCGGCAACCAGUACAUACUGUACUACAGCGUCUCCACCUUCGGCUCCCAAAACUCGGCCGUGGGCUACGCGACUUCGCCCAGCAUGGAGUUCAACAGCUGGACGGACCACGGUGCCACGGGCCUGCAGUCGCGGGCGGGAGACAACUACAACGCCAUCGACGCCAACCACAUGCAGGUGCCCGGCACGGGCGAGCGCGUGCUCAACUUUGGCAGCUUCUGGGGCGGCAUCCACCAGGUGCUGCUGAACAGCGCCGGGACGCAGGUCGCGGGGGGAGGCAGCCCGCUCGGCCUGCAGUUCCAGCCGGCGGGAACGCACGCCAGCGAGGGGCCGUUCAUGUUUGAGCGCCAGGGCUGGUACUACCUCUUCUGGAGCGAGGGCAUCUGCUGCGGCUUCGACAAGAACCUGCCGGCGUCCGGCGCCGAGUACAAGAUCCGCGUCUGCCGCAGCCAGAAUUUUAGGGGCCCCUUUGUCGACCGCAACGGCGCCGAUUGUAGGAACGGCGGCGGCACCACCGUGCUGGAGAGUCAUGGCUUUGUUUACGGGCCUGGAGGCCAGGGCAUCAUGACGGAUCCGAAGAAGGGAACCAUCCUCUACUAUCACUAUGCCGAUCGUAGAGGUGCCAUCGGCGAUGGUGAUAAAAAGUUUGGCUGGAACGUUGUCAACUGGAGCGGAGGGUGGCCUACUGUUUGA